AUAGUAAAUUGUAAGAAGAGUUAUAAAAAGCGUAAAGAGUAUUUCCACAAUCUAUUUUCAUUUACGCAUUAUUAAAUCAAGAUUUAAAUUUAUCGGUUGCCAAAGUUUUUAUUCUUACUUCCAACGGCAGCCAUCGAUAAGUUUAUUGUUUACAUUACUAUUUUAGUAAGUUUAUAGACAUGGUGAACUAUUGUUGUGUACAAGGAUGCGGUCGCAAUAGCAGAAUAAAUAAACAUUUAAAUUUCUACAACUUGCCGAAAGAAAGGCAUCGGCAGAUAGAGUGGCUGAAGGCAGCUCAAAGGGAGGACUUAAUAAAGAAAAAUGAAGAUAAAAUAGUGUCGCCCCGUUUCUGUUCUCGCCAUUUCCCUCCAGCCAGUAUUAAAAAUCGAAAUCUGAGUCCUGAUGCAGUACCCACUCUGUAUCUCCCGGGUAGCUGGGAUUAUGAUAAUUCUGAACCUAUCCCACCGGUGCACAUCGACAUAAUCUGCGACAACUGUAGCAAACCUAUAACUGGUUUCCGCUACAAAUGUGUCAAUUGUGAUGACUUUGAUCUGUGCCAGAAAUGUGAGAUGUUGGAGGCGCACUCACACCAUUUCAUGUUACGGAUGCCACAGCCUUUGAAAUUUAAACUAGCAGACAAUCUUAUAAAGAAAUGGAGGCAUCUCUUCAAGAAAGCACAUGUCACACCUAGUUCAGAGGACAAUUUAGAAGAUAACAUCUCCAGUGAUGAUGAACCAAUAACAAAAUAUGCAAACAACUAUGAUAGUGGGAUUGAUUUGUCCGAAGAUGUGAAACUAAAAAUACGAAAAGAAAUACAUCGGACUUUAAAACUACAUCCUGAAAAUGUUCAAAACAAAAAUGCAUCAACUAGUAAAAAAAGGAGUAAUGAUGAUAUUGAAAGUUUUAAUAAACGAAGGACAAUGGAAGCACCUCUGGAUGAUGAUGACGGGGAAUAUCUUAUUGUUGGCAAUAAUGCUCCUGAUGUAGUGUUUGCAGAUGUCAAUGAAAUAAAAGAUGAAGAGAUUGUUGAAACAAAUAAUGAAAAUGAACUGUCAGCGUGCUUUGCUUCUAUGUUACCAAAUAAUGAUUCUCCCGUUGUGCUGGUUCAGAUAAGUGAUGAUAUAUCUCAGUUGAUGAUUUUAAAAUAAUCCAACAAACAGAAACCAUUAUUAUUUUGAGAAUUAGGUUACAAAA